AUGCGUGCCCUCCUCGUCUUAGUCGCGGAUCUUCUGGCAGGCGUAGCAGCCCGCCGCUUCUCCGAAGUAACGAAGAGUCGCUCUUGCCAGAGCUGUCCGGAGAUGGUUUCCAUGGAGAAGCACGUGGGAAUGGAAUGGGAAAUCUUCCCACCACACCCAAUGCCAGCGGUUGAGGUUGCGAUGGUUUGCCACCCCAAUCCCGCGAUCGAAUGGGGCCCUGACGCAUCGAAGCAGGUGGAUGCGGCCCUUGCCGACGAGGACUGUGGUGUGGAGGCCGCCGAGGGCCUCAGCUCUCAGGACCGGCAGAACUGUCAGGAGCAGUACAGUGAGCAGUCCCAGAGAGCGAGCUGGCUUGGUCUUCCGGUCGCCUUCCUUCAGCAGAUGGCGGUUUGUGGCCGCUGUGCCGUGUGCAACGCAUUCGCGAAGGUGCAGAAACUCUGGCAGCAUCUGAAGUCUGCCAUGAAGAAGGUGGCUAGCAAGCUCCGCUCCAUCAAGCGAAAGCUUUUCGGAUAUGCCUAUGCAUCUGCAUCUGUGCGGCAGAAGAUGAAGGAGCGCAUUGACGGCUACUUUCCACAGAAUGGGCACGGCUCCAGCUCCAGCGCUUUGCAACUCUCCCAGGACACACAGCUCGGGCCGGGGCAGCUGGAAGAUGCAGAUGAGACGCAGCAGAUGCAGCACGAGCGGUUGGUGGAGGAGCAUCUCACCGUGCAUCUCAAAAGUAAAUCAGCGGAAGAGGUGGAGCAGCAUCUUGUUUUGCUGCAGAGCAAGUUGGAGGAGAUGGAGCGAAGUGAAGAGGAACUGUUGCGUUCGACCCGGCGGGAUUUCAUGGCAAAAGUCGCUGCAAACCAGUGGCUCGGAACACCAGGUCGACAGUGUUUGGAAGCAGUGGUUGACCAGUUUCUGAUAUUUUGUUGUGCACGGGGUCAUUGUCCCAUUUUGCUCCUUCAUUGGCACCUUGAAUAA